CAUACUUCCAAUUGCUUAGAAUUCUUAGUUCUCGAUAAAAAUGCUUACCCCAAGGAUCUGCCUUUCUGGCGUCAAUAUCCCCAUGGUGAAGAUCAGCGUUUUGCUAUCAUCGUGACCUCGAACGCCUUGCUGGAAGACUUCCCAGAUCCGUCGCAUGCCUCGGCGGUGCCUCGUUUGAAGCGGGCGGAAGUCGGAAGUAGGUUUUUCGGUCCACAUUGCCUCCAAGUUGCCACAAAAUGACAUGUCCUUUCCUGUAGAAAGUGACACGAUGCGUAGUCCCUGUGAGUAGUGAUGUUUAUUCUGAUAUCACACUAACACUUCCGCUCACUGAACAGCCAAAGCUAGAGCUAGAGCUGCUGCAAUGGCAAGUGGGGGGUUUGGCGAUUAUGCGGAGGGAUCCACUCAAAUUGAUGGUCAUCGACGCCUGUCUGAUUUGCCUGACCCCUUAGAGCGCUACGUUGGAUUGAUUAAACAGUUCAAUCUUCGUGAUACUAAGGUUGUGGCCCCUGAUGUCCGUGAUAGACAAGGCAAUGUCAUUCUGCCCGAAGAUUAUGAGGAGAAGCUUCACACCGGCGAUGUCGUCACUGUGGAGGUAUAUCUCAAAUUAUGGGAUAUCCGACCUCACAACAAAGGAGACAAAGGAGCUCAUCUGGACAACAAGAAUGGCUCGCGUGUCUAUCAUGUGAUGUUGAAAUCAAUGCAGGUACUGCCUGAUGCGUCCAUCACGGCCACCACUUUUCCCGAUGUCCACAAAGGAAAGUGCAAAGCUAUUGACGAAGCUGGUCCUAGCAAGAAACCAGUCCGCGCGGAUGAUGCAGCUGACAGCGCAGGUGAAGAGGAUCACGAGGAGGAGGAGGAUGAUUGUAUGAAGAUGCGACGGACAUUCAAGAUUGAACAAUAGAUAGAUUAAAGACCUUCCAACUCAUAACUUCCUGUGAAAUUGUUUCUUCGAGGCUCAACCUUAUCUUGAAUAUUUAUGCAUAACAUUGCCACACUUCAACGUUCAACGUUGGAUGU